UAAAAAUGUUUUCGAAUACUCGUUUGUGAUCAUUUCUGUUUCAAAGAUCGUACUAUUGCGUGAAAAUGCAUCCAACGUGUCAUCAUCUGUUUUUGAGUUUAUUGUUUGAAGUGUUGUUAUUUCGAGGAAAUUUCAUCUUUGCUCUUGGCAUUUUUCCAAUCGAUCUCGACCAAAAUGACGACGAUGACAAUGAAAAUACAACCACUAGUUCGGUCAAAUCCGAAAAUACUCUCGAAGAUCCAUCUGUAUUCUUUAAAUCUAUAAAACCUAUCGAAGAUGAAGCACGUUCCAAACGUUCGUUAGACGGUCCAGAUAUUUAUGCGAAAUCCAUCAGAACAGCUAUAGAAGUUUCAUCCCAUGUGAAAUGUCCCAAACCGUUGACUUUUUUCACUGCUUUAGACGAAACUGCUUUGGUCAAUCAGACUACUCGAUCGCUCGAUGUGAGAUUGAUCAAUCCUGUAACUGUUGCAACGAUGACUGGAGGAAUAUUUGGUAACGAUCUGUAUGAAUUGCAUCGGUAUCAGUUCUUUUGGCAGAAGUGCUCUUGCAAUACAACUCAUAAUUUGGAUGCGAGAGUUUAUUAUUUCAAUUUAAAAUACGAAUCGUACGAGAAAGCAUUGGAUUACCCUGAUGGCGUUGUUAUAAUUAAUUUUCCAAUUGCAACCAACCGUGAUUUUCCAAAUCCAAGAUUCAACGCGUUUUCUCAAGUAAUCCAGAGUAAAAUCAAAGAACCAGGAUGUUGGACCAAAGUUCAUAGCGCAUUUACAUACACGUGGUUCGUAAAUUUCCCAUUUGGCAGUAUUUACCAUUCUUCUAAGCGGGAAUUUGUAGAUGAGGAAUUCAGAAAAACGCACAGCUCGGUUGUUAUUAAUUUGCCAUUGGAUUCAAGUAUCAAUUACAUCUCUAGUGAACAGUUCAUGAAUACAUUUGGAAAGAUCAGAGGUGUUUCAGAACAGUUUUCGAACAGUGUUUUGCUUCAAGGCGGUGAUAAUUUGUCAACUGAAAGGCAUAAAGGAGUUUGCAUUCUUAAUUUACCAGCAUAAUUUCUAUGUUAUCUUAUUGAUGUACCUAUUUACAAAUUAAAGCCAGCUUCGGAUUUUUUUCAUUCAAAAAAAUUCUGAUUUUUUGCAUCACUUGACGAAGAGGUUCCGUUAUACAGCCUAUCAAAGAAAGGUAUCCUC